GUUUGGUAUCGGACGUCACUAGCACCUGUCACGUCUGACAUUAUCGAGAAUUCGGAGUCUUUCUCCGUUCAUAGUUCGUGUUCGCUCGCGAUCGCGAAUGUAGUAGGUGGAGCUCGCAAUUUUUUGUUAUUUGUGCUCUCGUUCCACUUUUCGAAAGUAUUCUUUUAUCAUUUCAAAAUUCGAUGCUAUGUGCGGUCAUUGCCUUGAUAUUUCGUUUCUAAAGUGAUGUGUGAAGGAUGUUUAUAGUUGGAUCGUGAAUAUGAUGUCACUUUUAUUCUGCGUGAUACCUUGAAAACAUGAGUGUUAGUGUUGAGGGGGACGUGUCUAGCCCCCUGUCUGACGGGCAGGACGCGACUUUGGACCAAACCAUAUCGAAGUCUUCGUCGGAGAGCCACAGCUUGAAGAACGAUGAGUCGGAGGCUUGUCAAGAUGAAAAAUCCGAGCCCAGUACCCCGAAGUCGCAUCCGAUGGCGUUUACCAUCGAUUUCGGGGACACAAAGCCUGUCGACACUCGGAAACUUGAGGAGUUGGCUAAGAAAUCGCAAGCUCGUCACCAGAGGGUACAAUCCAUGUCUGCGAGUCUUACGAGGCCGAGCCCGACGCUGCAGCGGCCGCCGAUGAGCGCCAAGCUCCCCCGCAAGGCUCAAGGCUACAACUCCGAAGGUUACUUCUCUUCUGACCAGGAAGACAGCGGCCUAUCGGGUUCAGUCAAGCUCAGAAACAGUCCAUUAGCACAAAAUGUUACGCACAUGACCAGUCCUAUAUCAAAUAGACAUAUAAAAUCCCCUAGUACUGAAGCUGUCCUGCCAAAACGCACGUCCAAAAGUCCUAUAGUUGAUAAUAUUAUGUCUAGAAGUGAUAACUUUAUGUCUCGUCAGGGUUUAAACCUUCCAUUGAAGAAUAGUUCCUUUAUGAGAGAAGUGCAUAGAACGCCGAGCUAUGGUAACAUAAAUAGGCAUACUAUGGGAGAUAUAGCUGACCAGAGCCCUGAGGGAGUCAUGUUGACUGAUAUUUCAAGUCCUGAGUUAGAUAUUCUUACACCAGACAAUGGUCUCUCCACACCGGAGCAUUCUAAAAGCCCACUAAUCCGUAAAAGUAGAGCUUCUUCAGAAACCCCUGAUUUGUUUAAAAAGUGUAUGUCAAAAGAACCUAUUUACUUAGAUGAUGAGGUUGAUAGAGAAUCUAAUAACUCCUCUACAGGAACAUAUACAAUUGAAGGGGACAAUUAUACUGAGGAACAAAAAGCUAGGAUGAGUAUAGACAGAAAUUUCGGUACAGAGUCAUUAACUAGUGUUAUUGAAGACACUCUUAAAAAACGAGGUAAUGAAAGAGAUCCAGAACUAGUUUUCGACUUUCCAAGCACUCAGAGAGUAAUAACUAAGGAGCCAAGACGAGACAUCGGUCUCCGUAGUCCAUUACUAAACCAAGCAUUUGAAAUACCAAAAGUAUCACAGGAUAAAAAUGUAUUAGAAAUUUCCUGUUGCUACGAAUCCCCAACUGAGAAUGAUUUGGCAGCACAAACGUCAAAGCAGAUCAAAUCAACUCGGAGCUACCUUGAAAAGAUAAAGAAUAGAGUCAGGACUAUCACAGAGAAGACCUUUGCUAAAUCACCUCCAAAACAUGAGGAAGAUGCUGAUGUUGGUACUUUCACCUCUGUAACAACUUCUGGAGUUUUGAGCUCGAAGUCUCCCCCAAAAAUAGAGCCUGUCAAACGCAGGUGUAGUCUAACCAAAUCAGAAAUAGACCAAACAGACUACAUCCACAGGCUAUGCAGAGAAUCCUCCGUCCCGGUCUCCUUACCAGGCAGCAAACUUGGUCUAGAAGAUGCUAAAUUCGAGAGCAGUGCUUUGAAGAACGCUCAGAAAGCAUUCAGAGAGGACAGUGGGGUAUCUUCAGACAUGACUCCGGAACAGGUGGUUGGGAAGUUGUCUUAUCUGAGCCUCAACCGGUGCAAGGGAGACAAAACAUGGAUACAGGACUGGGCUGAGAGUGUGAAAAAGUAUAAUAAUAACUCUUUGACUAAAGAGGUGACUUUGAUUGACGAUAGGCCGCCUUUGAGUCCUAGACAACUAGUCAAACCUCGCAGCCCUCAUGCGGGUACACCGACCAAAAUACCAAGCCCCGUCGGCACGCUACUAUCUAGGAGGACACCGGGAUCCUCAGCAAACUGGAUUUUAUCAAAUUUCAUCCCGAUAAACGGUCAAGAGUGAAACGUAUCGAAAUCGAACAUCAGUGUAAUGAAUUUGUAAUAAACUCGUUUGAUUUGAGCGCA